AGUCUGAACAGUCGAGCCUCUACCCAUUCUCCAUCGCCUUUCGACCAUUGUUCUUCUCGUCUUACUCUCCAACAUCUCUGAGUUGAACGCGCCCUGAUCCCGUCACAGCCCAGACAGGUAUCUAAUACUUAUUUUCACCUCCGGUCUUCCUAACCUCUCGACUCGGCGCACGCUUCACUUUGCCUGCGGCCUUAUUUGCAACCACUACCUUGUCCCGCGCCCUCCAGCUUGCCAUUUCCUCAUGGCUUCACCACGACCUCAGUUCCCAAAUCCAGGAUACCUCCCGAACGGUACAGCCUCAGGGCCGACUCCUGGGGCUCAGGCGCUCCUGCCAAACAACGGCCGUAUCAUUCAGUCCGGUCCUAUUCGAGUUCUUUGUAUUGCAGAUGUCAGAGGUCAGUCCGCCGUGCUUCACCGGCCGCCACAAAGCAGGUCUGAUGCAAAAAACUCUAGGAAAUCUCCGAUCUCUGAAUGAAUUAGCAAAGACUGCGAAGGCCGACUAUAUUUUACACACCGGCGACUUCGGGUUCUAUGACAAUACCUCUCUGGAGAGAAUAGCUGAGAAGACACUGAAACAUGUUGCUCAAUAUUCUCCACUCCUCAGUGAAAAUGUCAAGCGCCAAAUCGCUCAGCCUCAGCCUCAGCGGCCGAUCAAGCAAAUGUUCGCACCGGACCAACUACCCCUUUCAGAAUUACCACUCCUGCUCAACAAGCAAAUCACCCUGGAUGUGCCCGUUUACACGGUAUGGGGAGCUUGUGAAGAUGUGAGAGUUUUGGAACGGUUUCGGUCGGGCGAGUACAAGGUGGACAAUCUGCACAUUAUCGACGAGGUUAAUUCAAGAUUACUUGAUAUUGGCGGAGUAAAACUGAGACUCCUCGGUCUCGGUGGCGCAGUUGUUAUCCACAAACUGUUUGACAACGGAGAAGGCAAGACAUAUAUUGCAGGCGGUCAAGGCACGAUGUGGACAACGUUACUUCAGAUUGGCGCCCUAAUCGACACUGCGAACCGCGUUUACGAUCCCUCGGAAACCCGGAUCUUUCUGACACACGCGUCACCUGCCAGAGACGGCAUCCUCAACCAACUCUCCGUUACUCUGAAGGCCGAUUUCUCCAUUUCGGCAGGUCUACAUUUCCGAUAUGGCAGCUCUUACAAUGAGUUUUCCGUCAAUCCAUCGCUCGACCACUACCGCGGAAAGUUGGCGGCGUCCAAAGCAUCCUUCCAGGAUGUGUGGGAGACAGUCAAGAUGGACGUGGAGCAGGCGAUCGAAAACAAUACCAAUCACAAGGCUCUUCUUCACAGUGCACUGGAAAUUGUCGAGAAGAUGCCUAGCACUGCUAAUGGAGGCAAUCCUUUUGGCGGGCCUGUGGGCGGUGGACCUGGGGCAGGCCAGGUGGACGAAAGUGCUUUCAAGAACAUGUGGAACUUCAACCUCGCAGACGCUGCAUUCGGCUACCUUGUUUUGGAAAUUGAAGGUGGUCGUAUCGGUACGGAAAUGCGGGCCCAGGGCUUCAACUUUGCUCAUCGUGGAAAACCCACACUCCCUGGGACGGUUCCUCAACAACCGCCGACAGGUCCAGGAUCCGUGAUCUCGGGUCCCGCGCCUCCCGCCCCUGCUUCAGCUGGUCCGACUCAGAAUCGCACUCCUGCCUUCUCUGCGCCGGCACAGCCAUUCCCACAGCAACAGAAGCCUCUACAGCAACCACCACCACCACAACAUCAGCAACAGACCAGACCCGGUCAGCCUCAGCCUGCACCAACGUCUGCUGCCAAAACGGGAACUCCCCCUACAGCAGGGUCUCCAGCUCCCCCUGUUGCCCAAGCCAAGCCAUUGACACCUCAACCAUCAUCUUCUGGGGUUCCAACAACCUCUGCCAUUACAGCCACCAACGGCACGAGUGGAGACAAGCUCAGUGAAGGCGAAGCCGCAAAAGCCAAGGCUGCAACGCCUCCUGCCGAACGCAGACCCCCAAGCGCCCUUUAUGUGUCCCAGGCCGACAGCGAACAGCAUAUCCGAGACUGUUUUGGUGACGAGGACCGCGAAAAAAUUAAGGUCAUUAGCAGGAUGGGCAAAUUCCCCAACUGGAAGGUGCAGUUCGAGUCACACGAAGUUGCCGAGGCUGCUUUGGCCAAAGUGCAAGGCGAGGCGCAAAACCACAAGAAUUCCUCCGGGAAAGUCCCAAAGUUCACAUGGUUCGAGGAGCGCACGGACCGAGUCCCAGGUCUUCAUCAACGUGAUAACCACAGCCAGGGCGGAGUUGGGACGUGGCAACCCAGUAACCGGGGUGCGGCUGGAUCGGCCAAUGCUCCAACGCGCGGAGGGUACCAGAGCGGAGGAGCAAGUGACAGCGAAGGCGGUCGAGGCCGAGGCGGAUUCCGCGGACGUGGGCGUGGUCGUGGAGACGAUCGAGGUGGACGGGGUGGUCGAGGCGGUGGAAGAGGCACUUACCAGAACAAGCCUACCGAUGGAGCAUCCGACAGCAAACCCGCAGAUUCAAAGCCCAGUGAGGUGAAGCCAGCUGCCACUGCGGGCGAGAGCUGAAGUGAUUUUUUCGUGUUCGAAGAGCAGUCGGUGAAUUUCUCCGGCAGGUGAAAGAAAUUCUUCACAGUCGAUCCCUUUUUACAGCGACAGGGAAAGAACAAUGUGCAUUAUGGGCUCGGCGCCAAAGGAUGGGAUGUCGAGGGAACUGCUUGAGCUGGAGUUUGAACAGAUCAAUUCUUGAGGCUGAGGCCCCGGUUGGCACUUGAUACCUGGGAAGGAUAGGGGGAGCUUCCGGGGUUUCUGAGCGCUUCUUUCUCUUCCAACAUAUGUAUUUUAGCCUUGCUAGAAACCAAAAAAGAAAACAGGAAAGGAGUUGUGAAGGCGGAUGGUAUGGGGUGUGCGAGAGGAGAGAGCUCAAAGGGUUCGAAGGGAGAUGGCAGUGCACAGAUACCCAAUGCCAGUUGAUGAGGUUGUUGCGCUCUAUUCAUUCUCUUGACUGCAGUCGUGUGUGUUUCUAUCGAGAUGUUCC